AUGUCUUUGGAAAGAAAAGAAAGAAAAAAUAAUAACAAACUUCUGCUUAUCUUUGUUCAUGGUUUUAAAGGAAAUGACAAAACAUUUGGAGAUUUCCCGAAUCGUCUUCAAGACGUAAUAAAGGCUACAAAAAAUAUUGACACAGAAUCGAUAAUAUAUCCGAAAUAUGAAACGAGAGGAAAUUUACACUUAGCGGUAGAAACAUUUUGUGGUUGGCUAGAGGAUAAAGUCAAAAUUCACGAAGAGAUGAUAAAGGGUAAAGGAAUAGUUUGGGUUUGUUUAUGUGGACAUUCAAUGGGCGGAAUUUUAGCUGCGGAUACCAUUUUAAGAUAUGAAUCUCUGAUUUCUAAACCAGUAAACAUAAUUGGUUUGCUAGCAUUUGAUACACCUUAUUAUGGUAUACAUGUAAAUGUCUUUUCCAAGGCAGCACUAGAAAAAGCAGCUUCUUAUAAUAGAACAAUUGGAACAACCAUUUCAUUAAUAUCAUCAGCUACAGGAUUUUAUUCCGGAGCAAUUGCAACUAGUAAUAAUUCUGCUACAGUAAAAAAAUCAAGUGGGUUCGGAAAAUUUGGUAUUGCUGCUUUGACAAGUGCUGCUAUAAUAGGUGGGGCUGCUUAUAUGCAUAAAGAAAAAGUUGCAAAAGGUGUUGAUUGGCUUGGAAGUCAUUUAGAAUAUAUUUCACCAACAAAUGCCAAUACUUCAUCCCGUACAUUUAUUUCUCCUCCUCCACCAGAAACGAUGAUAUAUUUUUCACCUGCCGUUAGUACAGCAUCUGAUGAAAUUGACGCUCAUGUUUCUAUGUUUGAUCCUAAUGAGAAUCAUCAUUAUUUUGACCUGGGUCAGGUUGCUUUACAGAAAUUAAGUGAAAUGAUUGAAAAAUGGGAAAUUUUACAUGAUUAA